AAGCAUCAUUACAGUUUGUGUCUUUGUGAUCACCUAACGGAUUAAACAUUACUUCAGUAGCGCGGCCUAAGGAAUUAAAAUAUUAAAAAAGUUAAAAAAAUUUAAACAGGAAUUGACGGAAGUGAAUGUUUACAAUAAGGAUUUGAAGUGACGAAAAUCUGACUUUCUUCCGUUGCUUAUUUUUUAUCGGUGAAAUUUUAAAGGCCACAGAGGAAAUUCUCGCGAUACACAAUAUUGUUUACUGUUCAUCUUUCGAGGAUUAAAAAAAGGGAUUUAUUGGAAAUAUUUGAAUACAAAUUCAAUAAAAAGAUGCAAGAUCAAACUGUUCUCAUAACCAUUUGCUUGGCAUUGCUUGUCAUCACUCAAAGUUCUUCAACGCCUUUGCCUCUCAAUAGUGCAAACUCGCCACCACUUUGUGAACCUGGCAUUGUAGAGGAAAUGCCACCACAUAUUAAAAAGGUGUGUCUUGCCCUCGAAAACUCCAACCAACUAAGCUCAGCCCUUAAUCAGUAUAUCAGAAACGAAGCAACUGCUUUAAUGAUGCGAGGGGAAGAUCUAGCAAAUCCUGGUGGUAUAGCAGGCAAACGAACCGACGUUGACCACGUUUUCCUCAGAUUUGGAAGACGUUAAAAAUGAAAAGAAAAGAGACUUGACUUCUAUCCACCAAACCCAGAACUAUGUUAACGGAAUGAAACUUUUUAAUAUGCCAAAAAACUAAAAUAAAUUAAUUAAUUUUUAAGUAAAGCAUUCCAUUGACUGCUUAACAUAUUUUCAUCAUUGAUAGACAUAAACAUGAUAUCCCCGAAUAUUAUUUAUUAAAUGGAAAAUGAAGUAUUUUGACCUCUGAUAGUGAAUCAAUGCUUCGGAUAUCAUGAACGCAUGCACCCAUUAGUGCAAGUGAAACAUGAUAAACGUGAAUCAUCACGUAAUUAUUUCUAUCAAAAUUAGUUGGAAAAUAUCAUAAGUUUUUCGAUGUGUUUAUUAACUUUAGUUCACCACAAGCGUAUCGUGAAUAAAAAUGAAAUGUAAUAUGUGGAAUUAGAAAAUUAAAAUUAAUUUUUUCAGUUAAUUUAUCUACUUAUCAACACACACACAAAUUUUAUUCCAUAAUCAUUGACUCAAGGAAGGUGAAAUAAUCUUUUAAAUGAAAUUAUUAAAUGUUUUACUUUUAACUCUACAUAUUGUGCCAAAAUUGCAACCAAAUAAAAAUUUGUGGUUUAAUAAGUAACGAAAAGAUGAGAGAAAAAGAAAAACUAUUCAUGAUAUCAGCUUCUGAUUUUAUUGUUGAUGUUUUACUUAUACUACAGAAAACUCAUUAUGAGAUGAUGAGAACUGUCAAAUAAAAAUUUAUUCAUGAAUCUACAAUCAUCACUUGUAUAAAUAUUACUGGAAACAAAAAAAGAAGAAACCAGUCAAGAAAGUAAACUUAUGAAAGAUAAAUAAAAAACAUUGCAUUGAGAUUAAAGAAGGC